AUGAUAUUAUUUCAUGCCCUAUAUAUUAUUUGGAUCUUCAUACUUCUUCCGUUAUUCAGUGCAGAGGAAUUCGUCCCUAAAGUGACGGAGAAUCUCAUAGAAAAAAUAUCAUUUAAUCUAGUGAGUUUUGAUGAUUCCAACACUUCGAUCAGAUUAGAUGGUUGGGGGGUCGUGUGGAUAAGUUUCGAUGCUGGGGAAAAUUGGGAAACGGUCAAAGAAAUUGAAGAGCGUAUUUUUAAAUUUACUGUUGAUCCUUUCCAUGGACAGGAAAGAGGUUUCGCUUUUAUAUGUGAAUCACCCAAGUUCUAUAUUACCGAUGACCGUGGGGGGUCAUGGAGGGCUUUAACUAUACCCUCAACUGAAGAAUAUUUAGAUGGCGACUGUUUUAUAACUACUCAUCCCACAAAAAAAGAGUUUAUUAUUGCGAAUUGCUACAGCUAUAUGAUAAACGCAGAUGUUGUAGAUGAUCCAAGUGAAAUUUACUUGACCGAUGAUGGAGAAUCCUUUUUCAAAAUUGAACCUUCCUUGGAAAAGAAAAACGAGGACGAUAUAACAACCUCAAGCUGUGACUUCAUUAAGUCUAGCAAGGAUUCUGAUUUUACUGGUAAUGAUGCUUCGAUACUCUGUUUGUUCUCUAACCGUGAGUACGAUGAGGAAUAUCGCUUAACUGAUACUUACACUCAAUUGGCUUUGAGUAGUGAUGGAGGCAGAACCUUUAAAGAAUUCGAUGAAUUCAAAGAUAAAAUUGUUAAUCGAUACAAGAUAUUGAAGUCUCAUGUGGUCGUUUUAACGCAAGACGACGGGCAUAAUGAGAUGUCAUCUAUGGACAUCUGGAUAUCCAAUGAUGCAUCUACUUUUCAAAAGGCACAACUGCCUACUCAAUUACGGGACGUCGAAGUGGGUAAGAUUCAUGAAGAUUCUAUCGGAAGAAUCAUCCUUCCUAUAUCUACAGUAUUCACAGAUGAGAAAAACGAUCAACCAGCUUCCUCAGAGAUUUUAAUAUCAGAUUCUCAAGGGUUGAAAUUUUCACCUGUUGAAUGGACACCAAACUAUCGGUUUGGAGAUAUUAGGCUCACUUCUCCCGAUUUCUUGAAAGGAACAAUAUUUGGAUCGUUUCGUCCCUCCAUUGACCACCUUCAUCGCAAAGGAAAAUAUGAUGGAAAGAUAGCCAGAGGAGAAACUAAAAUAUCUGUUGAUAACGGCCUCACAUGGUCAAAUUUGAAAGUUGUUGACCGAGAAAAUGCAAAUUCAUUCGGCUGUGAUAUCACUAGGCCUGACAGAUGCUCGCUUCAGGGUUAUUUUUAUAACCUAAGAGUUUCAAAUCCUUCUGCCGGAAUCAUAUUAAUGACAGGUUCUGUUGGCGAUGGCAGCGAAUUUGAUCGGAAAAACCAAAAAACUUUCAUCUCUAGGGACAGCGGUCUAACAUGGAGAUUGGCCCAUAAUUCUUCUGGGCUAUAUGCUACUGGUGAUCUGGGAAAUAUCGUUGUAUAUAUCCCGUAUCCUUCAAAUAAAGAUGGUGAUGUACAAUCCAAACUUUAUUUUUCUUUAGACCAAGGUAGAACAUGGAGUGAAUAUGAGCUAACUGAUGGUAUAAGUGGUAUCUGUCCAUCCAAAUUGAUUAAUACAGCACCAGACGGAUCUGGCUCAAAAUUUAUUCUAAUCGGGGAUCUAGUUACUAAGGCCAGUCAAGAAGGAAACGUCUCCAACAUCUCAUACCUUUCAGGAAGUAUCGUGUAUGCAAUUGAUUUUUCUGCUGCAUUUGACUAUAAAUCGUGUGAAGAGGAAGAUUUUGAAGACUGGAAUUUGGCGGACGGGAAAUGUGUUAAUGGCGCCAAAUACAAGUAUAGAAGGAGGAAACAAGACGCCCGUUGUUUGGUAAAAAAAGCGUUCAAAGAUUUGAGUUUACACGAAAUUCCUUGUGACAGCUGUUCUGCAUCAGACUACGAAUGUUCGUUUGAAUUCGUUAGGGACACAAACGGCCAGUGUGUACCAGAUCAUAAUCUAAUUGCUCUUUCCGAUAUAUGUGACAAAUCGAAGAGUAAAUCUGUAUUAGUAGAGCCAUUACAACUAAUCAAAGGUGAUAAAUGUAAAACACCCAUGAAAAUUGAGCCCGUAGACAUUCCAUGUGAUGAAAUUUCAAAGGAGGGCUCUAAUGGCAACGAAAUAGUAACUGCUGGAAACAAAUUUGACUUUAAAAUUCAAUUUUAUCAAUAUUUCGAUAAGCUACGGAUUGAAUCUUUUGGUCAUGCUGAAUUCGAUGAGAUAUGCACCUUUAUCCCACUAUGA